AUGACUCUACUCUGCACAUUCGAUAUCACUGAUCUCUAUACAAUGUUGCCACAAGAAGAGUCUUUGAAAAUUCUUACUCAAUUUCUGAUUGAAAAUGGCUAUCGCAAAGUGAAAGGCAUUCCGACAGAUGCUAUUCGAAAGGUGGCUCGUCUUGUUUUAACGGAAAAUGUCUUUGUUUAUGGCGACAAGUGCUACAAACAGAUCAUUGGUGGUGCUAUGGGAUCGCCAUUUACAUUAACUUUAGCCAAUAUCUUUAUGUGGCAUUGGCAAAAAGAUAUUGUUCUUCAGCAACAAAGAGCCAAUGAAAUGUAUGGCCGGUAA